AUGGGAAACUAGGAAAUCAAAGGAAGCUUAGGAUAAGGCUAGGGUUAUAGAGUAAUAUCAGUUUCAGAUGGUUCUCCUUGCCAUUAGGCAGGAAUUAAUUUCUUUACUGAUUUUAUCGUUGACAUUAUUCCUGCAGGAUAAAAUAAUGAGGAAAAUGCAGAUGAUAACAAUAUUUUAGAAUUUAAUGGAGAUGGAUAGUAUGUGGUUGAUGAAAAGAAAGAUUUUUUUUAAAUUGUUUCUGAACACGAAAAUAAGCAGCUUAAAAUGGUUAUAUAUGAUAUUUUGCAAAGAAAGAUUAGAAUAGUGAAAGUAGUGCCUAAUAAAGAUUGGUCUAAUCAACAAAAUUUGCUUGGUGUUAUGCUAAGAUUAGAAAACUACUUAAAUUCCCAUGAUAACACAUUUAAAGUAGUAACCGUUGAUGAAAACAGUCCUGCUAAAAUUGCAGGCUUAUAAGCAAAAUAAGAUUACAUAAUAGGAUUAAAGAAGUACAAGUAUGAAGGAUUGGAUGAGUUAAUUAAUAUUAUAUUUGAUAAUGAAGGCUAAGAAAUAGAGUUAGUAGUUUUCAACAUUAGCGAUAAAUCAGUCAGAAGCGUUAUGCUUAAACCCUAAAUGAAUUGGGGUGGCAGAGGAUUGAUCGGGUGUGAAUUUGGAGGUGGUUAUUUAAAUUAAUUACCUGUUAUUUUAGAUGAAGCUGCUGAGCUUUAAAGAAUGGAAGAAGAAUAAAAAAAAUUAGACUCGCUUAACAAAUUUAUUCAUAAGAGUGAUCCACCAGCUCCCAAAUAAUAGCUUUCAUCUGAUCCUCCACCCACUAAUAUUCAAGUUUAGUAAGAAUAGUAACAACCUUCUCAAAGUGGAUCCAAAAUUGUUGCCCAUUAGCUUCACUAAAUUAAUAUACUUAGAGCUAAAAAAAAUUCUCACCACGAACAUGUGGAAGUAGUUCAUAACAAAGAUCCAUUUGCAGUUUAAAGAAAGUAUUCGAAUGAUAUUUAAUAGUAAAAUGAAGUGAAAAGUGUUGAUACAUAAAAUUAAAAUGUAGAAUAAAACAACAGAAGAAAUUCAUCUUCCUAGUUUAAUUAAAGCUAAUAAAAUGGUUAACAGUAGGAAAACAGAUAGGUUUCAAAGUCUUUAACUAGCCAAAGCAUUCAAAACAAUAAUAUAAAUCAAGCUCAAAAUCCAGAAUAAUUUUCAUCUAAUAUAUUGGAGAGAUAAAAUGAAACCAAAGAAAAAAGCAAAUCUUAGACAUUUUAAUAACAAUAGUAAGUUGUGUUUUAAAAUGAUGAACUAAUAAAUUAAUCAAGAAAAGAAUCUCUUAGCAAUAGGCAAUACGAAUUUGAGGUUCCAAAUAUAUAGAAAAAAUAUAUAAUUAUGGAAAAAGAUUUAUUUAACUUAAAAAUCAAAUUACAAAAUUAGCAAUUAGUUAUAUGA